GACGCGGACGAUAUGUCGGCAGGGAGGGAGGACCCGGAGACAUUACUGACGUUGUUCCAGGCUGUACGAGAAAAAACAAACAAACUUCUCAUCAGUGCAGCAGUGAGCUAUAGAGCAAAGAAUGGGAAGGAGUACACGCGGUGUUUGGUGUGCUGAAAGCCUGGCUGUCUCAAGCGAACACCGAUUUUUGCUCUUCCGUGGGAUAUUCAGCAGGGACUAGCUUCAGGAAAGCGAGCAAGUUAGCAGCACAGGCUAGCUUCGCAGAGAGCUAGCUGCCUUGUUAUUGUGGCCCGGAACGAACCUCCCAGCUAGCAUCCGUCACAGGCGCACACAGGAAAAAUGGUGUACCUGUUAAAUCCUAUAGAGAACCUGAGAAGCUACAUCAAUAACCGUCCACCUCUGGUCAUUUUUAUGAUCAGUGUCAGUGCGGUGGCCAUCGCCUUCCUGACCAUCGGUUAUUUCUUCAAGAUUAAAGAGAUCAAGUCUCCAGAGUUGACAGAGGACUGGAACACUUUUCUGCUGCGUUUCAAUGAGCUGGACUUUUGUGUGUCAGAGAAUGAAACGAUAAAGCACGGCCUGAAUGAGUCGACCACGCCGGAGAGCAUGGUGGUGACUAGCGGCCAGGCUCGUUCCAGCACCCAGGUUCCCCUGCUGUUGGAGGACUCGGGUCCCAUUAACAUCUCAGUCCCCAUCACCCUCACGUUGGACCCUCAGCGCCCAUUCGGAGGGUAUUCUCGCAAUAUCACCCACCUGUAUGCCACAGUGCUGGGGCAGCAAGUAGGCCUCUCAGAGCAUGUAAAGCCAAACAACCACCUGGCCGUCCACCGGAAACUGGCACCUCCCAACAACGCUGCCGGCUUCCAUUUUAUUGAGGCUUAG